UAUUUGAGAGGAAGAAGAAUCAAAAGGCGCAUGCGCAUGCGCAGGCGCAGCAGAAAUUUCGCUGCAGCAGGUUUUCCUUUCCCAAAAAAAAUAACAAAAUUUCUUCUGCAGAGUGUGUAACUUUAUGGCCAAAUACAUGAGGCCCCCAAACUCGUCUUUGUUCGUCAGAAACAUCUCCGAUGAGUCCAGGCCUGAGGAUUUGCGGCGUGAGUUUGGCCGCUAUGGGCCAGUAGUAGAUGUCUACAUCCCACUUGACUUCCAUACACGUCGGCCAAGAGGAUUUGCAUACAUUCAAUUUGAGGAUGUGCGUGAUGCAGAAGACGCUCUUCACAGCCUGGACAGGAAGUGGGUUUGUGGCCGGCAGAUUGAAAUCCAGUUUGCCCAGGGUGACAGAAAGACACCAAACCAGAUGAAGUCAAAGGAAGGGCACUCUCCAAGCAGAUCCUCUCGAUACGACGACCAUGACCGAGAUAGCCGGCGCAGGCGUUCGCGCAGCCGCAGCAACGACAGAUACAGGUCACGCAGCCCCUCUUGUGACCGCCAUCGCAGACGAUCUGAGAGUCCUCGCGAGUCUCGUGGACAGGUGUAUGGUAGAGGAAGAAGCAGGAGCCGUGAGAAUGAAAGAUACAGGCAGAGGCCUCGGAGAGAGUCCAGAGGGAGAUCUCGAUCACGCUCCAAAUCCGCAUCACCACGAGAAAACGCCAACCCAGCAUCGACUUCCCAUUACACCGAGGAGGAAGUGCGACGGACACACUCCCCGUCCCACUCCAGGUCCCGGUCUGCAUCAAGGUCGCGCUCUCGUUCACGUUCUCGGUCCCGAUCCUGGGCUGGACGUAAGUCAGGAGGACGCUAGAAAAGUACCCGCUCCUCCUUCUAUCCGUCGCUAUGUCAGAUGCACCAGAGUUGGUUCAUUUGUCAAGAAAUGUUUGUUUUGACAUGAAUGUAACGUCCACUGGACCAUUUGUAGAAAGCUUGUUUUUGCGGCUUCAUUUUAAGAACAAUGCUGGUCCGUUACUUGGUUUUAUAAAAUUGUAUUGAGAUUUCCCAAUAGAAAUAUGAAACCGCAGUUUCCGUGUUCAGUGGUAGUCGGCCAGGAAUAAUUGUCUUUUUUAUAUACUGUCACUGAUAAUUUUGUUUUCUAAACCCUAUGCACCCAUUUUUGCAAAAAAAAAGAACAUUCAGUAUUUUAAAAUGAAUCCAGUCUGUUAAUGAACCAAACCUGCGUUUCUGUGCGUUUUAUCACAUUCAUAACAAAUCAUCUACUUUUUACUCUACUGCUGACCUUUCUGCACAGAUAAAAAUAAUAUUCAGAAACUUAAAAUUUGCCUUACAUAAUCCAUCACAGCAAACAUCAUUGAGAUAAUCAUCAACCUGUAUUGUCAAAGUAGCAGACUGAAUUGAAAAGUGAAAAAAAACCAGACUUGACAUUCAAGUUUUAAGUCUCUACAAGUCAGUGAUUUUUGCACUAAGGAAAUGAGUCUGAGGCUGCCUGGAAGGAAAAGUAACAAUGUAAAGGACAUGAUCAGCAGUAGCGUUAAAUAUUUGAGUGCUGCGGCUACAAUACACAGAAACGCUGCCAUGGUUCUUAAGUGUUAAGAUGUUGUUAACUAGUGACUUUAACCACAAAAUGUUUAAAAUGUACAUUCAUCUGUUUUUAAUUGUGUGCUUUCUGUAAAACUUAGACCUUUUUUUCAAAAGGUAUUUUAUUUUUUAACAUUUCUCCAAAUUUCAGUUUUGAGAGGAGGAACAGUUUUUCGUUGGUGUUUACACGGCUGUGUUGGUGGAUUUUCAGAAUGAAUCUUGUCACUGCAUGUUUUAUUCUCCUAAUCUUCUAUCUUUAUUAGGAAGAAACUGUUAUUUUGAGUAAUAAAUGGAUAACAUUCAG